GAGAGAGAUGACACAAAUUUAUACCUGACACACUCUCUCUCACUCACUCACUCACUCACUCUUACUCACUCAAUCACUUCUCUUUAUCUUCAAUUUUGAACCUUUCUUGGUUAAUUAGUGAGGAAAGUGAGGUUGAUUAGCUUUUUGAUUCAUGGAGUUUGAGGAUCAGGAGGAGCACGAUGAGGAGAUGGAGAUGGAGCCGAGUUACGACUCGCUUGUGAACAACAACGGAGGAGGAGGAGGGGGUGGCAGAGUCAGAAUGGCGAGUUCCGCAGCCGAAGCGGCUGCUUCGGCUGCGGCUCAGCUACAACAACAACAACAGCAGACAAGGAGGGCGUGCAGGUAUAGGGAGUGCUUGAAGAACCACGCCGUGGGGAUUGGAGGGCACGCGCUGGACGGGUGCGGCGAGUUCCUGGCCGCGGGAGCCGAGGGGACGCUGGACGCGCUGAAAUGCGCCGCGUGUAACUGCCACCGCAACUUCCACCGCAAGGAGACCGACGAGCCUUACGGUCAGCUGGUGCCGCACCAGGGCCACGUCAGCGGACAUCACAGCCACCACCACGGGGGGUUCGGGCACCCGCAAUUCUCGGCGAGUGGCGGGUACUACCGCACUCCCGGCGGGUACCUGCACGUGACGACGCAGCACAGGCCGCUGGCGCUGCCGUCGACAUCGGGCGGGGGAGGCACGGAUCAGGACGACGACAUGUCGAAUCCCAGCGGAGGCGGCGGCGGAGGAGGGAGUGGGUUUGGAAUGGGAAUGGGAACGACGUCGUCCAAGAAGAGGUUCAGGACCAAGUUUAGUCAGGAGCAGAAGGAGAGGAUGCUGGAGCUGGCGGAUCGGCUGGGGUGGAGGAUUCAGAAGCAGGACGAGGCGGCGGUGCAGAGCUUCUGCGACGAGACCGGAGUGAAGCGUCAUGUCCUCAAGGUUUGGAUGCAUAACAACAAACACACCCUCGGCAAGAAACCCUAAACCCAUUUACAAAACAAUUCUUGGUUUAUCGACUUCAUCUUCCUCAGACUAGACACUACUACUGAUCAUCUCCGUCAUCUUUCCUAGCUACUACUUGUGUUGUACGUACUUGAUUAAUUAGGAGAACAACACUAGCUAGCUAGCACCAGAAACAAGUACUAGUAGCAAGCAGUAAAGUUAAAUUAAUUUUAAGUAGUAGGACGCUUAUCAUUUAAUGGGUCUUCUUCUAAUUUUCUUGGUUGCUUUUAGCACCUCAAGGAAAACUGAGAAAAUUCUUCUCCGGGAUUUUAGUGAUUUAGGGUUUCUUCUUCUACUUCGUAAUUUCUACUACCCACCAUAUGUUAUCUAGAUCCAUGAAUAUUGAUCACUCCUUCUAGCUAGUAGUGCUUCUGGUUAAUAUGCUAGCUAGCCCUUUAAUUUGAGCAUCAUUUCCUAUCAAUGCAUGUUAGAUAUAUAUCAUCUUAAUUUGCUUAGUUAAUCGUCUACUAAAUGGGUUCGCUAAUGUUGGGUGUUUUGCUUAGUUUCGGAAAUUAAUUGAUCUAGUUUGUGUGGUCUAAAACAAUGUUGGCAGAUCAAACCUGUGAGGAGGAGCUGCAUUUUCCUUUAAAUCACAGCAUGUGUUUGUUUGUACGAAUAUGAUCGAUCUGAGCAUUCUGUGUCAUUCAUUUACUUCUUUUCUUCAAAACCCAGCUUUUUUCGUUUUGGUCCACGAUUCAGACUCUGCUGGUUCUAUGUUUACCAAAGCAUUUAUUAUAUCAUGGAUUCAUAUGACUGUACUAGUGCACCCAUUUUUUUUACUCUACCAUUCAUUGCCAUCGUCGGUUGUCACUUUGUUUUGAUUCGGUUCAAUGCUAGCUAGCCUUCAUUUCCUCUUCUUGCUCUCUUUAAUUCUCAGAAUGAGAAUCUCUACUCAUAGGUCUUUUCCUCUUUCUUCAUACAUAUGAACACUUUACUUUUGCAGUGUGAUCAUAAUGAGUUCAGAAUAAAAGUAUUCAUAGUUCAGUUUCUUUUUUCCUUUCAGAAAAAUUAUAUAAAAUAUAGCGACAUAUAUAUAUAUAUAUCUAUGCAAUCAUAUGAUGGAACUUCUACUGUUGAAACCAGAACCCAGAUAGAUAUUUGAAGCUCUGAGAUUCAUGGGCUCUCCUUGGGAAGGAAAGAGCUCGAGUCCUUUGCCAAACUGGCAAUUUAUAUUAUUUAUUUUACUGUUGUGUUUUCUUCUUGGGAAAGAGGAUGUGAUAUCAGCUUCCAACAGUAGCUGUGCUUUGAAUAUGGAAAAAAAAUACUCCCUCAAAGUCCAGAAUAUGGGUUCCGUUCAGUCCAUGUUGGAGAAAGUCUGAUAGAUCCAAAACUAUAGAGCUUUGGUCUCACUCUCUCAGACAUUCAUUUCCAUUAUUAAUUUCUUUUUUCUGUUUCCUUUCUUCAAAGUUACAAUGAUCUGCUUCAAAGGGAACAUGUGGGCACUCCAGGCAGCAAAACACAAUCUCCCUCAUAAAUAUACAAAGAGAGGGACACCCAUAUUUUGUCUUGCAGCAAAACACAAUCCUCAAAAUACUAUUCAAAACACUGGAAGAUUCAUGCCGAUUAGGGAUAUUCCAGGAGCCUCUAAUUAACUGUGGUAAUUAGUAAAGUGGGUGUGUACCUGAGGCCAUGAUCAGUCAUUAUUGAGGUUAAUUUUUCAGGUGCAGGGACCCUGAAAAUGGAGAGGCAUGCUGGUCGUGGGUCAUUUUACUAGUUCUAUAACUGGUAUUUGAAUUUGAUGAUUGAUUUACCAGGAAAGAUGAUAUGAUAUAUUAUAUGAUAUUAUACUUGCUUGUAUUGGCAUGGGAGGUUGCUUCAUGUGAGAGUCUAAGCUAAGCUUAGAUAUCUAUCAUCUCUUUGAAGAUGCUUUGCUUGUUAUGGUGGAACCCCAACAUCAGUUAAAGC